AACCACUGUUGUUGUUUUUUUUCUGGGCAUGCUGCGCCAAUCGGCGUGGGCAUGCACAGUUCUCAUCCAGCUAUGGCGAAGUCAGCUUGUGGCUGGUCAAGGUUUUAUUCCUGCCAUUCCCAGACUUGUUCCACAGCGAGCUGGAGUCAUCAAUGAUUCUCCCACUGCCGGGCCUUGGGUCAUCUACGAGCUUCGACUCUUCUUUUCGGCCGAAUGUGAUCCAACGACUCAGAUCACGCCCUUUUUCACCGACGUCUAUGACACCGGGACCCAUCGUGAGACCCAGCUCUACACCAACGGACAGUACGUCUUCGAUGGCGCGGAGUACACCAACUGGACCGCAGAUUGUCGGGUUCAAUUGGGCGGUUGCCCUGCGCGCACGGUGAGCGUGGGCGUGGAUAUCUCCUACAUGGAUGCCUUUGAGGAAGCCUUUGCUCGGAAGGAUUCCUCCUGGAACGUCACAGGCCCCUUGUUCGAUGCCAUCACCGUGAAAUGCUUCCGGAUUUGGCAGAGUGCGGAGCCUGCGCACAAGUGCAAUGACAUUGGCAUCGUCCGUGGCUAUGUGGACGGCAACGACUGGUUCUACGACGUGGUGCAGGUCUUCCACGCCGUGAGCGGUGGCGGCUGGGCCAGGC